AACUCUCACAGAGGCGAAUAUAGGAAGAAAAUUCGAAAAAAAAUCGUAAAAUAAGAAUAAGCGAAGAAAAUCAAAGAUGUCGUGGCAAACGUACGUUGACGAGCACCUGAUGUGCGAGAUCGACGGCCACCAUCUCUCCGCCGCUGCCAUCAUCGGUCACGAUGGCAGCGUGUGGGCCCAAAGCUCCACCUUCCCUCAGUUCAAGCCUGAAGAAAUUGCUGCCAUAAUCAAAGAUUUUGAUGAACCUGGCUCUCUUGCCCCAACUGGGUUACACCUUGGUGGCAUAAAGUACAUGGUCAUCCAGGGAGAGUCCGGAGCUGUUAUUCGUGGAAAGAAGGGUGCUGGUGGCAUCACUGUGAAGAAAACUAGCCAAGCUUUGAUUUUUGGUAUAUAUGAUGAACCUUUGACUCCUGGACAGUGUAACAUGAUUGUCGAGAGGUUGGGGGAUUACCUGAUUGAUCAGGGGCUGUAGGUUGUUGCAUUAUGGUUUCCAUAUUGUGAUAUUUGGUUUUGGGCUUGCAUCUGGCAGUGGAAUUGUUGCUGAAAAUAACCGUGUGAGGACAGAAACAGUAAUUUUUUUGUGUUUUAGGCCCCUUUUUAUUUCUCCAAUUCCCACGUUUCCUUAAUUUAUAUGUAUGUAUUCUCCUCUGUUUUCCUUCUUAAAGUACUGGAAUGUCAUCCUUGGAUCUUUCUUUUAUCAUAUGAUAUGAAAAGAUAUGUUUUUUGGAUU